GCGUGUCGUACGAAAUUUUCAAUGUAGAACUCAUAGAGCGUGUGACGACGUGACGCUGCAUUACCGAACACGAAGCUUAUGUAUAUGUGUAUGUGCUCGUAUGUACUAGAAAAGUGUGUAAAAAAAUUUGUUAAAUUCCAUAUUCUAAGUAACUAAACGCUUAGCGAGUUCGGCUGAACGCAAUGAACUGCCAGCAGUGUAUGGUGUUUUUGUACUGUUAGCAAAUAUUAAAAGCUUAGCUAGUAAUCAAUUGUGUGCCAAUUUGUGUAAAACGUAGAUUUGUGCAAAUACAAAUACAAAUACAUAGGUGCCUAACAUACUCCAAAUCAAAGCGUGUAAAGUGAAAGUGAAUACUUAAGCAAGCUACUUACAUUUAAAGAACUUUAGAAAACAAAAUUGCAUUGUUUAUUAACUCGCCGUAAACCCUUGCACCCGCGUGUAUUCAAUAUCGCUCUCAAACUUGGCGGCUCUUCAAUAUGAUGGACAUUAGCAGCAUGUACGGCAAUCACCACCCUCACCAUCAGAACAGCUAUCAUGCCAACAGCGCUGCCGCCGCCGCCGAUAUGGCCGCUGUAGUCUCCUCAACUGGUUACCCCAAUGCUUAUUUUCCGGCAGCGGCCGCCACGGCCAUGCCCACGCAUCACCACCAGGCACACCACCACCAACACGCGUUGGGUUAUGCCGGCUAUGUGACGGACGGUUCGUCGCCCAACUAUUACCCGCAACAGCAGCAACAAUUAACGCCCCCACCACCCUCGUUGCAGCAAGCACCAGCGGUGCUAAAUCAAAACGCUGCUGUUGGCUCGCAACUACAACAACAACAAUCGCAGGCACAACAGCAGCAGCAAUCGAUGUACCCGCACGCACACCUUUUCAGUCCAAGCGCCGCCGAAUAUGGCAUUACGACUUCUUCGAGCGCUGGCGCGGGUACCGCCUCGGGCACACCUUUGCACCCGUCCAGUCAUUCGCCCACAGAUUCUUACUAUGAAAGCGAUUCGGUACAUUCCUAUUAUGCAACGGCUGCAGUGGCAGCAAUACCACCUGCCACCAACUCGCCGACGUCCGCGUCCAACGCGGUGCACGGUAAUCCAACGGCGCCAAUUGAUGCGCCAAUCAUAAGCUCCGAAAAUGGCUUAAGCUACACCAAUUUGGAUUGCUUAUAUAAUCAAAAUGCGCCAACGCAUGCACAACAGCAACAACAAAUGCAACACAACUAUGCCUCGUUGCCCGCAAAUACUGUGGGCGGCAGUGGCGCUAAUGUGGAGGAAAAAUACGCCGCUGUGUUGCAUUCCGCUUAUGGCGGCGGCUCAGGCUUGCCAUUCGAUGAACCCCUUAUGCAGCAGGCCAUGUCAGCAAGUCAACAACAAUCACCACCUCAGAUGUGGCAUCAUCAGCACAUGGGUGGCGGGUACACAAUGGAUGCUGGCAUUCCGAUGGAGUCGCUGGGCAUGCAUCCCUUGAAUAUGGCGCACAUGCAAACGGUGGCGCCACCCCAACAUCCGCAUCAGCUGCAAACACAAACACAGCAACAACAUUUGCAACAGCAUCAAGCGCAAUUGCAACAACAACAUGGCUCGCCAAAUGGGCCGUGCUUAAGCUCGCGUAGUCAACAAGUCGUCUCGCCCGACUGCACAGGAUUGCCUUCAUCGCCGGGCUCCUCAUCUAGUCAAGCCGGCUCACACAACAAAUCACCGAAUCAAGCCAGCAACUUGCCAACGUAUAAGUGGAUGCAGUUGAAGCGCAAUGUACCCAAGCCACAAGCACCCAAACUACCUGCCACAAUACACGAUUAUCAGCUGAACGGGCAUCAGCUAGACAUUUGCCGCGGCAGCUUGCCCGCCGGCCAGCCGACGCAGACAGGCCUACUCUUAGCGGGUGGCAAUGGCAACACGUCGGGCCUGAGCAUUUGUGCGCCGAACAUGAGCAGUUGCAGCAUGAGUGCCACCAACAAUUCGGGACGCACCAAUUUCACCAACAAACAGCUGACCGAACUGGAGAAGGAGUUCCACUUCAAUCGCUACUUGACGCGCGCGCGACGCAUCGAAAUCGCCAACACGCUGCAGCUCAACGAGACACAGGUGAAAAUCUGGUUCCAAAACCGCCGUAUGAAGCAGAAGAAGCGGGUCAAAGAGGGUCUCAUACCGGCGGAUAUAUUGACACAACAAAGCGUCUCCACCACGACGACCGCAACAACGAACAGCAAUGCUGCCACGCCGGGAACAGCGAAUCCCAAUGGCAAUAUAAAUGUGGCCAACAAUUGCCCAAAUAGCGCCAACAACAGCAGCAACAACAACAGCGUGCAAAUGCACAAUGGCCCCGCCGUCGGUGGCAGCAGCCACAGCGCAGUUCGCUUGGGCUCGGCGUCCAUCGCCAACAGCAGAGAGGCUGUCACACACAACAACAACCACAACCACAACAAUAACAAUGGCAAUCAGAAUAACAACAACAAAUUGAAUAACGGAGAUUGUAAUCUGACAGCGAAUAGCGAUAAUAGCCGUGAAUCGAAUUAACGCAAACGCAUUUGCACCGACAACGCCGACCCGACGCUGACCACCAACACCUAGGUGUUCCCAUUGAUGACUCCAUUCGCUGAGCAGGUGGACCUUACGGUUAUUUCGUUAUUCUGUGGCAGCUACUAGUUAGGCAACUCGAGCGCGUGGCAAUUGCGGUUAGUUUUAUUGCCAAAUGACGGACACACGCACCCACUACAACUACAACUACAAUUGCAACAAAAACAAUGAGUAGUGUAGAAAAUGCGAAGCAACAUGUAGCAUUUGCUCAUUUGGCUGUGAUAACUGUUUAAACUAUAAAGUCAACACAUACUAACAAAAUAUUUAAUUAACACACCCUCUCACACACACAUACAAACAUAUGUACAUAACCAGCGCAAGUAGCUUGUACAUACAUAGUUAUGAGUGCGUGUAUUUGCCAGAGAUAGAGUCUUUGCUUUUGAGACACAAACGCCGUGCAAUAAUCAAAAUUUUUAAACACAACAAGUACAGUUAUACUUAGCACAGUCGCAUAGAAAAGUAUGUAAAUACAUAAAUAAAACGAGCUGUCAGCGCAAUUACCAAACUCAUAAUCGCUGGAAGUACGAGUAUCACCUUCGGUUUGAGUCACACAUCACUGCAAGUUGUGCUGCCAGCAUCGUGAGUGCCGUAAUUCAGUGCAGGUACUCGUGGAGUGUCGUAAAAUGUGCCAUAUUCGCUAAAUAUAAGAUUUGCAAACAAAUCAAACAAUUUUAUUUAGUAUACAAGCGUUUGCUAAUAAGUCUGAAUAUUUAUGAAACAGAAAGUUAAUUCGAAAUAAAAUUGCUCCACCACGUUAGAUCUUUAACGAAGAGAAAAUAAAUGGCAACGUUUGUAUAUACGAGCGUAUCGGUUUUUUCGUUUAAAUUCGAGUUAAUCAAGAUCUGAUUUUUUCCAAAUGAUGAAUUAUCGAAAAAAAUAUUGUUUUGCUUGUGAAGCGUUGGCUUUGAAAUGUGAAAAAAUUCAUUUGAUAAUAAUUUUCGGGGAAAAUAAUACAUUUGAAUUAUAAUACACAUAUAAAAUUUAAACCAGAAAAGUCGGUCAAUUACUGUUAAUAAUAUUUGCAUAUAAAAAAUUUUUAUGCGAGAAUAUAUUGGGUAGUCGAAAAAGUCAUUUCGUAUUUUGUCAAUAGAUGUCGUUGCAGUCGUAUAUCUCCAGUGCUACCAUUCACUUUAUGUCAUACCAUAUAGUGUUGGAAAGUGGAGAUUUUCAUUUAACCAAAAAAAAUUAAAUUCGGCGAAGUUGGAAAAUACUUACAGCUGUUCAAAAAUGAGUGAAAAUAAUGAAGAAAUUCGCUAAAUUUUGAAAUUUUUGUAUAAAAAGGGAAGAAUGCCACACAAGCCACCAAUGAAAUUUGUGAAGUUUACGGAGACAGAAAGAUGCAUCUUGCUAUGGUCGACCUAUCGUUGAAAAAGUCAACGAAAUUAUGGAAAAUAUUGACCAAAAGCGUCACAUAAACAGCCAUGACAGCGCUAAGAAACUUAACAUACGACAAUAAUGUGCGAAAAAGUUCAUGGUCCAAGCGUGGUGAAGAUCAACAAAUGGUCGCAAAGCCCGGAUUGAUGCCAGACAAGUUUUACACUGAUGGAAUAAUGUGUCUAGCGGAAAAAUGGCAAAAAGUGGUCGACCAAAAUGGUACAUAUUCGGUUCAUUAAAGUUCAUUAUAAAUAUAAAAAAAUAAGUUGAAGUUUGAGUAGAAAUACGAAAAGACUUUUUCGACUAACCAAUAUUUUAUCAGUUUAAGAGGAAAUAUCAUUUACGCGGGGAAUUUAAUUACAAUUUCCGGGUAUUUUUAUGUCAAAAUGUAUAUUUUUAAAUAGAUAUCUUGGCGAGUUUUUGAGUUACAGGCUCCGAAAGUGUAGCCGGUCAGUUCAAACAGUUCAAUCAGUUUAUCUUUAAACACGUUUUUUCACGAAACAACAGUUUUCGAAUAUGCUUGAGUCAUUACUUAGAGACAAAUGAUACGAUCACUAUCAAAUUUUUUCUGCAAGUUCUAUAUACGAGUAUAGUUCUCCAAAAACCAAAAAAUUUUAGGUAAAAUUCAACGUUUUUUUCUAGUUUUGACUUUUUUUCGACCCUAGGGCAAGGUACAUAUGCACGAGAGUUUUUGUAGGUUUCAUGAGAAGUGUUAUGUGGGAAGUAGACGUGGUUCGAUUUCGCCUAUUUCACAGUGUGUGGGUGUAGAGGAUAACUUCUCAUACAAAAUUUGGUUGAAAUUGGUCGGCUAGUUCCUGAAAUAUAGAAAUUCAUCUAAAGGUGGAUGGUGCCAUGCCUAUUCUUCAAUUUUUACACAGUAAAGCUCUUUUCUACUAUCUUGAUUGUGAAGUUUAAUGUUUGUGACGCAUUUAUUCAGUGAGUUAUGGCAUUUUUAAUUUCAACAUAAGCUUUAUAUGGGAAGUAGGGGUGGCACGUAUCUGAUUUUAUCCAUUUUCUCAGAGAAUGAGAGAUGCUAAAAAUACUUCUUCCAAACAAGUUUGGUUAAGGUUUCAUCGAGUGCAGGAUUUGUUUUGUUUAGCGAUGUUGGGGAUCUUAUGUAACUCGAAAAAUAUUUUUUUUCUUUAAAAGUUUUACUCCGUGUUCUUGAAAUAUGUAAAAAUAUUCCCUUAAAAUUAAAAAAUAAGUGAAAAAGUAGUACAAGUAUUUUAUUUUUAUUCCUAUAUACAGGUGUUACUUUUUUUAGACAGUCACACUGGUUGUGCCACUUAAAAGAAAAAUUAAAAAUGAAGAC